AUGGAGUCAUCGAGCGUUGUUGUGUUGAUUGGAGGCGGUCAUGCCUCAGGUAAGAAGUCCACAGCACUCUGGAUCGAAAGGGAAAUUCUCUCAUUGGCCGAACCUACCCCAUUUAUCGAAGUCAUUGACAUGAAUUCAUACAUGGACCCAUCAACAGUAACUAAACUGGUGGACACUAAAGCAUCGGCUAUCACCGUGGGAAAUAAGAAUCUACUAGCAUUAAAGCCAUCGAGGUUUGAUUUCUCUGCUUUGAAAGAGCACAUAGUGGCCAGUUUGAGUGAUGUUUCUACAUCUUCCCAGAAGCUUAUUAUAGUGCACGGGCUAUACGCCUUGUAUGACAAAGAGCUCAGAGACAUGUCGCAAAUCAAGGUGUUUAUCGGUGGAGACAGUGAUACAAGACUAAUCAGAUGGAUCCGCAGAGACGUUUUGGGCUCGGGUGAAGCAAAGUUGGAGACUGUCAUCAAUUCAUACUUGCACGGAGCAAAGCAAGAAAUGAGCGACUACAUUUUCCCUACUAAGGAGCAAGCCGACGUAAUUUUGCCCCGUGGUGCAGAACCGAAUGCUAUCCAGUUGAUUGUGGAUGGGAUUCUUCCAUAUUUGGGCAUCGAGCGCAUGUCGGAGCCAUCCAGCUCCAAUGUGCUUCGUCCCAAUGAGAAGUCUUUCCAGAAUGAACGUUUCGACGUCCAAAAGGGGAAAUACUACGAACUCAAUUGA